AUCAUUAAUACCCAAUUAACCUGAUUAAAUUAUCAUCUUUAACCCGUUUGAGGGAGACAUUUACUCAUCCUCAUCAUCAUAUUCACUUUGGUAAAUUAAUUAGUCUCAGUGUCAUUUUUUUUCUUAAUUUCAUCUUCAUUUUCAUCACCAUUCAUCAUUUCUCAUCCCAAAGAACACAAAACAAGAUCCUACCAAUCGUAUCGAUAAUUGUCCAUCUUUCGAGUCUCGAUUCCUUGACCAGUGCCUGAUCGUCAAUCAACAAUUUAGUUAAUUGUAACAAAAGUUUUUCUUUUCUUUUUUUUCUCUCUCUCUCUCUCUACCUAAUCAACAGUCGCAAUUAGUAAAUGUUGACACCAUCGGAAUAAAUCAAUUCCAUCAGUUUAAUUAGUUUUAAUUUAAAUUCAUUUUUCAUCAUGUUUAUCAAACGACUUCGAUUCUCAAUAUUAUCAUUAUUGUUAACAUUAAUUUCCAAUAAUUGUUACAUUAGUUUUGCUCAAGAGAUUAAAGAUAUUACUACAACCGGUUGGACUCCACAUGAUUUGCAAACUUAUCCACCAAAGGUCAAUGAUGAACAGUAUCUUUACUUUGCUGGUAGAACAACGGAUUUAAAGGGAUUAAAGAUUGAGGUCAAAUCGAUACCAACGACCAACAGUGAGACCGCUAAAUUGUCAACUGCAAGUGUGACCUUUGACUAUUGGGGUUAUGGAGGUGAUCCAAGUACCGAUGCCGAUGGUUAUUCAGCGACAAGUUUUUUCAGUCUUGGUGUUUCCUUUCAAUCGGAAGCUCGACCACAAACCAUUUGGUCAGCUUUCAAUGAGUCCACUCUUGGUAACAAGGUGGGUGAUCUUUGGGGUCAAUUUGAGACCAUAUCUACUGAGCCAAUUUAUCCCGCUCGUAUUAUGAUUACACCGAUACUUACAAGCACCGAACAGUUUUAUUACGUUGCCCUUAAGGGAAUUUAUGUAAAUUAUAACUUCGAAGAUAGUAUAAUUGUAACACAAAAUGUAACCGAUGCAACAAGUGGACUUGUUACUGAACAAAAUGUAACUCAACCAAUGGAUUCAACUAUUACCUUGUCUUGUAAUUCAACUUCUUGUAAUGAUUUUGUGCUGACCACUGGUGCUAAUUAUCACUGGUCCGAUCUGAAUUUCCCCACGAAACCGACAACAUUUUCCAAAUUUUAUACACCAAGUUCAUCGAGCGCUGCUACAUCGGCCGUUGGCUCUUUAUCAUUCACGGUCAGCAAAUCAGAAACAACCGAUUCUUGUGUCUCAAUCAACUAUUGGCUUACCGAUGGCGCUCAUUUAACGGUCACUAUGGGCUCAUCUACAGGCACUCUUAUCCUUGGUCCAACUUAUGCACCUUCAAUCGCUGACUCAAGAUACGAUUGGUACCAAACUGAAUUCUGUCUAAGUCAAUUCUUUUUCAAUGCAACUGAUGGAGAUUACAAGUUAACCUUGACACCUUCAACUGUUUCGGCUCCUGAUUACAUUGCCAUCGGUGAGAUAACCACGGCCAAUGCCCGUUUCCCAGCACUUGCCGAGCCAGCGACUAAAAUGAUCUUAGAAAGUUGGACUAAAAGUUCAGUCUCACCAACUGAUGAAUGGUUUGAUGUUCCGGCCAUCGGAACUGCAUCAGCUGAUUCUUUGACUUUUAAACCAGUUGCUCCAGGUAACGGAAUGAUCUAUGUGGUCUCAAGUUGGUUCGAAAUGGCCUCAGGUCUUGAACUUCGUGAAAUGAUGACCAUCACUUCAUGUCCUUCAAAAUUAGAAGUCACCUUACAACUUAUCGAUUCAGCAAAUAAUUUGAUUGACACUCAAAGUUCCGAUCUUUGUUCAACUUCAUCAACUACAUCAUCGAGAAAAAUUUACUCCAUCACCAAGGGAGUUAAUGGUCAAGCAUACAGACUUCAAUUUGUCAUCAGUUACAAUCAAAACUCUAUGGUCACUCCAGUUACCCUCACUCUCUCAGCGGUAGAUCUUUCUGAUGCUUGUCGAUUGGGUCGAGAUGAAUGUUCAGGUCAUGGUAAUUGUAUCGUUCAAUCACCUAAUGUCGCAUCAUGUGAAUGUGACUCUGGUUAUAUGGAUAAAGAUUGUAGCAAACCUGAUUGGUGUGUCCUCAAGUUCCCGGUGACCGAUAGUACCACAAACAUAACCUCUGAAAUAAGUGGAGAAAACUAUUGUACCGCUCGAGGUGGAACCUGUAACUCGAAAACAUUUGACCCCAAUACACGAGAAAUUUGUGAUUGUGCAUCAACACAAUAUUGGAAAUACGAUGAAACCUUAGGUCACUCUUGUGCGGCCUACGAUCCUUGUACAGGUUUCAAUGCUUUCUGUCCAAUCGGUUAUGUUUGCAGCUACAGUGCGGUAGAAAUGUCAGCUUCAUGUUCAUCUUGUGAUACAAGUAAUGGUUAUGUGAAAUCGAGCACAGGUAAAUGUGUUAAAGAAAACGCAUGUGAGAAAAGCCCGUCGCCCUGUGUUACCGGAUCAUCUUGUAAAACUGACCAUAAUGGUGUCGCUGUUUGCUACUGUACCAAUGGAGUCAUUUAUGAUACUACAACCGGUUGUGAUGUUGAUUCAUGUUCAUGGGACACUCGAAAAGCUCUCGGCUGUGACCAUACCUGUGCCGUUGAAUUAGGACAGGCUGAAUGUAAUUGUUACCCUGGUUGGAAUAUAACUGAUGGUUCAAAAACUGCUUGUGAACAGCUUGAUAGUUUUAAUUGUACUUCUAAUUGUUCAACGUUAACUGGAUCAAUUUGUGUUCUAGAUGAAACCACCAUGAAAAGUGUGUGUAGUUGCCUUCCAGGUUAUGUGGCCAUUGGCACCGAGUGUGUUGACAUUUGCAAAGGUGCCGCUCAAAACAACACCAAUGCCGCGAAUCAGGUCAAAUCGAUCUGUGGUACAUCAACUUGUACUCUCGAUGAAAGUGCUAAAUUGAUUUGUGAAUGUGACUCACCUUAUGUUAAAGGACCUGAGGGUCGAUGUGUAAUUGAUACAACUUGCCUGGAGGGUGGUAAAGGUCACUCUCAAUGUUUAGCCCAAGGAGCUAUUUGUCAACCUGAUCUACAAGCGGUUGGCUAUAACGGUGACCUUUGGAAGUGUGUUUGUCCACCAGGUACCUACAAGAAUACAAAUGGUUCCUGUGUCGAUCAAUGUAUCACGGGUGAGAAAACUUGUCUCUUUGAUAACGCUGUUUGCCAAAGGUCAACCGUUUUAGGUGCUACUUCCCAUGAGUGUGUCUGUCAACCAGGUUUAAAAAAGGGUACCGAUAAUCGAUGUUAUCUAAUUGAACAUUCACUACGAAUCGAAAUGGUUGUAAGGCUUGAAGAGGGAGAAGUCAGUUUAGCCGAUACUCAGUUACAGAACAAGAUCACCUCCUAUUAUAUGGCACCCGCUGUGACAGAUAUGUGUUCUAGAUACGCUCCUUUGGACAUUUCCGGUUGUAUCGAUUAUCUAACCUCAUCUGCCCAAGAAAAAACUGAAAUUCAAAAACCCGCUGCCAUGGAAGCCGCUAUUCGAGAGAUGUUGAAGGAAACACUUAAAUCUGAUUUAGCAAAUGUUUACGGUUCUACUUUCGGUGAUAUUAAUAUCAUAAAUUACUCGAAAUUAAUGACCAAUUCAAGUUCUCUUGGUGGUGAUUAUAAGGCGAUCAUUUCUCUUGAACUAAGUGACCCAACAAUCGACGCAACAACACAUCUAACACCUUUGAACGACGAAGCGGUUUGCCAUUCAUUCCCAGCGACAAUGCCUGAAGCUGAAUCAUAUUGUUUCAUUCCAACCCAAUCAGUUAUUCAAAGAAAUUCAAUAGUCCAAAAAGAUCUGACCCCAUGUAAUGAGACUUACAUCGACUAUUGUCCAUCAAACACUCAUUGUCGAUCACUGGACAAUUCAAGGUUCGCCUGUGAUUGUAAUGAAGGUUUCAGAGCGGAAACAGUAAUUCAAAUGGACUCAAAUUUACGAACCGAUUAUUACAAAGAGUAUUGUGAAGAUAUCGAUGAAUGUUCAUCAGCCAAUUCACCUUGUCGCCAACAUUCAACCUGCAUUAAUACAAUUGGAAGUUAUCUCUGCCCAUGUAACCAUGAAUACAUUGAAGAUUCCGUGUCAGGAACUUGUAUAAGUGUUUGUUCAACAGUCAAAUGUGUUUAUGGUGACUGUUUUGUUGUCGCAAAUAAUACUGGAGCAUGCAGAUGCCAUGAAGGUUAUCGAGGUGAAACUUGUGAAGAUCAAGAUCCAUUGGUAACCACUUUCCGAACUGCCUUAAUUACUGUAGCUGUUGUUUUAGGUUUACUAUUAAUUGGUGUGGUUCUGGUUUCAAUAAUCUUGAUUAAAAAGGCAGAAAAAUCGAGCAAACUUCCACCGGUUAAGCAUAUACACGGUAUUCCCUUAACGAAGGUCGAACAGUUAAGAGGACCUCUCGAGUCUUCUCAUUUCUGAACCAAAAAAUCAGCUAUGAAGAAAAACGCUGAACGACCUAUGGCUGAAUAUGGUCGACCUCAAGUUGCCAAGCGAUAUCAAGAUAACUCAGGAUUCACUAACGAUUAAUCAAUUAGCUUGCAAAUAAAAGUCCAUCGGCUAAUUUAAUAUGAAAACAAACAAAAAAAAAGAGACAAAAGUUAUCAAAAUAACUAUUUAAAUAUCUUCCGAAAUUGGAAUAAUUAAAACGAGAGAUGAAACAAUCAACUAUGUAAAGACAAUUUAAUUAGCGUUUAAUAAAAACAAGAGAUCCGGAAAAAGUUCAA